CGUCCGGAACCGUUAUUUUAAAUUUAUAGUAGAAAUUUUACAAAGCAUCCAAAAGAUGAGUACAAAGGUAUCGAACCCUAUCUUGACUGUAAAUACAUUCGUCAAUAAGUUCCUGAUUUAUUAUCGGCUCAUCGAUAAAAUUGUGCCCGACAAUGAAUUAUUUACAAAGGCCAAAAAAGAACUGAUUGAUGUUAUGCACUCUAUGAGUGGUCUGCUCGAAGAACAAUACAUAGAAAUUUUCAUAGCUCAUGAUAUCAUAUUCUAUUAUAACGAAUUGAUAGAAAUGGGUCCGGCGGAUUUGUCUUUUAAAAGCUUGUGCUUCCUCGAAUCUGUCACUGAACUCCCAAAUGAUGAAACCAUAAUUAAAAAAUUAGCUGAAGAAUGUGUAAAACAUGAUGUGUACGGAAAUUGCCUGAAACAGUUGGAGUUUGCAAAAGAGAGACGAUUAUUUUUUGAAACCACACUGUUCCAUGUGAUAUCGAACCUACUGAAACUUCAGAGUUACAAAAUUGCUGAUUGUGAUGGAGAUUAUUAUUUGUUGGGUUGGUUGGUGACACGACUGGACGAGUUGCCUCUCACCGACGUAAGGAAAUCUUGGAUUGUAUGUAUGAUGCUGACUUUAACCAAGGAUAAUCCGAGGGGUUUAGAGGAGUUUGGCAAAAUGAAUGGCAUCGCUCCAAGUAUGAUUGACUUAGCACAUUAUGUUUUUGCCGACAUUUCCGAUUUGUUUUAUUUAAAUGUUAUAUUCAAUUUGUUAGAGGCGGUGUUACCGUACCAUGAGAACAAGAAGUGUUUUGUAAGAGAACAUGGCGUGCAAUACUUGUUGUCUCUUGUUGAGGGCCACCAAUACGACAGUUAUAUUGCUUUGAAAAUUUUUAACGUCGCAUUAUGCGGACAAGAAGGAAUCGAAGUGUGCAAAGAGGUUUUCGAGUACACCGGUUUGGAAAUAUUCUUUUCUUUCUUCAUGAUGCCGUUUGAUGAAACUCUUUUGGAAGGGGUUGAUUACUGCGAAAGAGACUUUGAUUUUUAUAUGUUACAUAUCAUUUAUUGUUUAAUAAGAGCGAGUAGAUGCCUUAAUAAAAAGAAGAUUUUUCGUAUGUUCAGCAAUAGUAAGAGAAAAUUCGACAAAAUUCUAGAUCUACACAAAAAGUAUAUAGAAUUAUUAAAACUCACAAGGGAUGAAUCCUUCUGGUCUUGCCUGCAAUUUGCUAGUGGAAUUUUAUUAGAACUGGCUCUUUGUAGAAGCGAUAUUAAAGAAAAAUUAAAUGAAUAUUUGUCCAGGAAUGAUAUGACAAAAGAAGACAUUACUGAUUGUGUACCACGACUGGUGAAUAAUUUGGCACAAAUGUCGUACGAAGAUGAUGACUGGGUUAGGGAGGAACAAAUGAGACUGAUUCAUUUAUGGGAUUCGCUUUAGUUAGAUAUUUUAUGUGCGUAUGUAUGGAAAGAAUUUAAUUGGUGGUGUCAUAGAAUUGACUGACGAUGAUUCUCUUGCUGUUUCUCAUACAUCAACAACAUAUGUAAAAGUACAUUGUAAUCAAUAUUUUUGUUAUUGCAAAAAAUUAUUGGUAUAUAAGUAAAUGUGACGAAUAAAAUACAUACAACAAUA